CGUUUCAAGCCUUUGGGCUUUCUGGGGAGUCCGUCCGCCAAGUGCUAUUAACGGACGACUGUUCCAGCCCUCUGGGAUAUUAACGGACGACUAUUCCAGCUUUUCUCACAAACCUUUCAUCGAACACCUGAGGCAUGCACGCCCUUAAACGCCUCCUCUCCCAGUCCGCUCCCAAACUCCGUCCUCCUACCGUCGCCACUGCGAUAAUUGGAUCAAGAAAGUCUCUCUCCACACGGCCUCGCUCCUCCUCCCCCAAUUCCGCCACCGGCGACGAUGAGUGGAACGACGCCUGGGAGACUGCCUGGCUCCCCGACGACCUCUCCCCCGCCGACGACCGCGCUCCCUGGGAGCCUGCCAGCCCCUCCGACACCUCUGCCGGCGCUGAUGUUGUCCCUCCUGCCGAGGUCGACGCCGACACGCAGGCCUUCGUCGCCGAGAUGAACGAGCGGUGGAGCGAGCGCCGUGGCGCCAGGAGGUCGCAGCAGGGGACAGAGUCGGUGGAGCGGGCAGAGGGAGGCGCUAAGAAGGGCGCAGAUGAGUAUAGGGUUCGGAAGCAGAGGAUCCACUCCGGCCUGUGGAUGAAGGAGAUCGAAAAGUUGGAAGAAGCCAAGCUGGGGGGUGCCAACGCCAGCGACGACAUUGACCGCCUUCUUGAUUCCUGCUCCGAGAUUUUUGAUUCCGGGAACAUUGGGCUGAAUGAUUCUAAGAUUCCUAGCACCACAGAGUUCAAAACUAAGCCCGAUGGUUGGGAGACAACGUCAAAAAGUCAAGAUGGAAAUAUAUGGGAAAUAUCUCAAAGAGAAGAGGAUAUUCUCCUCCAAGAAUUCGAGCGCCGGAUUGCCUUCAGCAAAUAUCAGAUUUCUAGCUUCAUCAAAACUCAUAUUUUUAGUCGGAGGCGGCCUGUCGAUGGUUGGAAGUACAUGAUAGAGGUAAUAGGCCCUAAUGCCAGGAGAGGGAAGGGGAGCGUCCAACGGCUUCCUAGUGUGACUGAUCCAUCAACGAAGCCUUACCAAGAAGAAAAGCCGAACAUCAGGCCUAAUUUGACCCUUAGAGGGAGCUAAUAGUGUGCGAUAGUAUAUGCUUCUUAAAUCUUUUGAUACGUUAUUCGAAUCCUGUUUUAUUUUCUUGAAUAUGGGAUUGUGGAAACAACGAUUAUGCUCUCAAGCUUAUGAUGAUGAAUGUACCACCUAUUUCUGGACCAAAA